AUGGGGUUGAUGGGGAUGAUGGGGAUGAUAGGGGUGAUGGGGAUGAAGGGAGUGAUGGAGAUGAUGGAGGUGAUGGGGAUGACGUGGAUGAAGGGGGUGAUGGGGAUGAUGGGGGUGAUGGGGAUGAUGGAGAUGAUGGGGGGAUGGGGAUGAGGGAUGAUGAUGGAGAUGAUGGGGAUGUGAUGGGGAUGGGGAUAGGUGAUGGGGAGAAUGAAGGGGGUGAUGGGAAGAUGAUGGGGAUGAUGGGAUGA